GCGCUUCUCUCCUCUCCGCCAGCUGGCAACGCUCACGACUAUACCCCUCAGGCGAAUCGAGUCUCCAAAGCAACUGGCACGCAGAAUGGCUGCUCUCCCGGACACCUACAACGACCCCGUCCGCAUCGCCGUGAUCGGUGGUACCGGUCUUCGCGAACUCCCCGGCUUCACACAGGUCGCCUCGCUCUCCAUCUCCACGCCCUGGGGCAAGCCGUCCUCCCCGAUAACCAUCCUCCACCACCAAUGCUCGACGUCGAAGAAGGUCGUCGCAGUCGCCUUCCUCAGCCGUCACGGUCUGCAUCACCAGCUCGCGCCUCACGAGGUUCCGUCGCGCGCCAACAUCGCCGCUCUGCGCUCCAUCGGCGUGCGCACCAUAAUUGCCUUCUCGGCCGUGGGAAGCUUGCAGGAGGAGAUCAAGCCGCGUGAUUUCGUUAUCCCCGACCAGGUCAUCGACCGCACCAAGGGUGUUAGGCCCUGGACGUUCUUCGAGGGAGGGGCUGUUGCUCAUGUCCCCUUUGCGGAUCCGUUCGAUGAGGGCGUUGCUAAGGUCGUCAGGGCUUGCGGGCAUAGCCUGGAGGGUGAUGGUGUGAAGCUACAUGAUCGGGGCACUUUGAUCUGCAUGGAGGGCCCCCAGUUCUCCACCCGCGCAGAGAGCAACCUUUACCGCUCCUGGGGCGGCAGCAUCAUCAACAUGUCCUGCCUCCCCGAAGCAAAACUGGCGCGUGAAGCCGAAAUCGCCUACCAGAUGAUCUGCAUGUCCACGGACUAUGACUGCUGGCACACGUCCACCGCCGACGUCACCGUGGAAAUGGUCAUGGGCAACAUGAAGGCCAACUCGCUCAAUGCGAGACGCUUCGUGACCGCCGUUCUCGAUGCCAUGGCUUCGGACGCGCAUUCUGAUCUCGUGCAGGCCAAGCAUCUUGAGGGCUCGAUCAAGUUUGGCGUUACUACCCCGCAGACUUAUUGGUCUCCGGAGGUUAGGGAGAGGCUUCAGUUUUUGUUCCCCGAGUAUUUCAACUGAUUUUUUGGGGGCCUUUUAUUUUCCAGAGAUACGGGUUUUAGAUCUACAUGUAGACACUUUUAUGAUGAAUAUUACGAGGACUCCUUGUCAUAUAGAUCUAUGAUUACAUUUGUGACUUCCAAUUCUUG